UCUCCAGUCUCCACGACACCAGCCGGCGGUAGUCACUCCGCUGACACGCACCGCUGACGCCGCCCGUCACCAUCGCUUCUGGAGGAGCUAUCCGCACCCUACAUCGAGAGUUACUGCACAGUUCAUGUUGCAAUCAUGAAGAUAUUGUAUCUACUGACGCUGCUGUGUGCGUUGACGGCGGCGCACGACGAUGACGACGUUAUAGAUAUCGAAGGGAACGAGGUUGAGGAUUUCCGGCAGGCGCGGGUCCUGUGGCCCUCCCCCGACACCGCCAGGGCCAGGGGCAAGAAGGCGCGCUACAUCUCCUGGGGCCCGCCCAGCCAGAUCAUGGACUUCAUGCUGCACAAGGGGCCGCAGAACAACGCGCCCUCCGGCAGCCCGAGCGCCGACGACCCCUUCGACUUCCUAAGAGACUCCUACCCGCUGCCUAAAGGUCUGACGGAGCCGCUGGAGGAGUACGAGUACGUGGUCGUGGGCGGGGGCACGGCGGGCGCGGCUCUGGCGGCGCGGCUGUCGCGGCGGGCGGCGGUGCUGCUGCUGGAGGCGGGCCGGCCGGAGCUGCUGCUGUCCGACGUGCCCUACCUCGCCCCCUACCUCCACGACACCGACCUCGUCCAGCCCUACACCCUGGAGCACCAGCCCGGCGUCUGUCUCGGCAGCGAGGGUCAGCGGUGCUUCGCGGGUCGAGGGCGCGCGCUGGGCGGACACUCCGUCGUGAACGGCAUGAUCUACGCGCGCGGUCGCCCGCAGGACUGGGACCGGCUUGCCCAGGAUGGCAACUACGGAUGGUCGUACAGCGAGAUGCUGCCGUACUUCAUGCGGUCGGAGCGGUCGGAGCUGCGCAAGUACCGCAACGCCACCUACCGCGGCCGCGACGGCGAGCUGACUGUGGAAAAUGUACCCUUCAAGACGGGUCUGGUAGAGGCGUUUCUGGCGGCGGGUCGCGAGCAGGGCAGCCCCACCGUGGACUACAACGCGGGCGAACAGCUCGGCUUCGGCUACGUGCAGACCAUCAGCCGCCGCGGCCACCGCCUCAGCACCGCCAAGGCCUUCCUGCACCCCAACAAGCGGCGCCGCAACCUGCACAUCCUCACCGAGGCCCGCGCCACCAGGGUGCUCGUCGAGCCCACCACCGGCCGCGCCUACGCCGUCGAGUACGUGAGGAACAACGUCAAGCACACCGCGCGGUUCCGGCGCGAGGCCGUGCUGACCGCCGGCCCCGUCGGCUCCGCGCAGCUGCUGCUGCUGUCCGGCAUCGGGCCGGCCGCGGACCUCGCCAAACUCGGCAUCCCCGUGGUCGCCGACGUGCCGGUCGGCCGCACGCUGUACGACCACGUCGCCUUCCCCGGCGUCGUGUUCCGCCUCGACAGCACCAACGCGAGCCUGCUAGAGCCCAAGGUGGCCACGCUUCCCAACCUUGUCCAGUGGCUGCAGUUCGGUGACGGCCUGCUCGCGACGCCCGGCCUGGUCGAGGCCCUCGGGUACGUCAAGACAACGUCGGAGGAACCGGAGUCGGUCCCGGACGUGGAGCUGAUCAGCCUGGGCGGGUCGCUCGCCUCGGACUCGGGCAACGCGAUGCGGCGGAGCUGGCGCAUUGCGGACAAGACGUACUACCCCGCGUUCGGGUCGCUGAGCGGCGCGGACACGUGGCAGGCGAUCCCCGUGCUGCUACACCCGCGAUCGCGCGGCUACCUCGAGCUGCGCGACGCGAACCCGUUCUCGGCGCCGAAGCUGCACGGCAACCUGCUGACGGACCCGCGGGACCUGGCAACGCUGCGGGAGGCGGUGCGGCGGGUCGUCUCGCUGGGCGAGGCGGCGCCGUUCCGCAAGUACGGCGCGCGGCUGCACCUCCCGCCGCUGCCGCAGUGCGCCGCGCUCGCGCCGGGCUCGGACGCGUACUGGGAGUGCGCGAUCCGCACGCUGGUAGUGUCGAUGCGGCGGCAGGUGGGCCCGUGCCGCAUGGGGCCGGUGGGCGACGCCGAGGCGGUGGUGGACCCCGAGCUGCGCGUGCGCGGGGUGGGAGGGUUGCGCGUUGCGGACGUCGGCGUGCUGCCGCGCCCGCUGUCCGCCGACCCCACCGCCGCCGUCGUCGCUAUUGCCGAGCGCGCCGCCGACCUGCUCGCCGCCACCUGGGGCGACGUCGCGGCGCGGUGAAACAGAACGUCGUAUCGAGUCAUUUUCAACUGCCAGAAGCUUUUAAAUUUAGUAUGAUUUAGUAGUAAUGUUAAGGGGAGCGUCGAGCGAUAUUUUUAACUCAUCUCACCGCGAUGACGGGGUGAACGUGUUGUUUAAAUAAAAGUUUUGCUCGAG